CGCAUUCAAGUCACAAUGUGCCGUGACGCAGUUAGCUGCUUAAACCAUACUUGCUUAGUUUCAGAUGCAAAAUGUACCUGCUUUCAGGCUCAUCGGACACGAUACGUAUCUCGAAAGCUACUCCAGGGAUCACAGUUUGUCGAAAAAAACGAGAUGGAAAUUAACGAUCGGACCUGUACCCAUCAAGAUUACCCAGUUUCCCUUAACCGAGUAGCGUGUAAGAUCUUGACAUGCGAGGAUCAAAUUCGAGUCUUUUGUCAAUAUAAUCCCCCGGCAAUGGUAUUCCAAGCAACUGUUGAAUCGGAAAGUCUUCGGAAAGUCUAUCCGGAACUCAAAUUAGGUAGGGAUUUGAUCUGAAUUUGAUUGUGAGAUCAGAUUGUACAUGUGAAAACAACUGGUACAAAAUGCUUCGUCUUCGAGUGGUAGGUAGAAACCAUAUGGGAUCAAGAGUAAAAAUUAAAUUGGUCAAGCGUAAACCUCUUGUUUUAGGUGCAACAGCUUUGUGAUGGGUACUCAGGAUCGGACUCUCAAGCAUCUAACCACCCCUCGAAACCACGCAGAUCAUCAAAAGACCAUUUUAUGCACUGGCCCUUUCUUCAGAACCACCAUCAAAGAUCGCCAUUGAAGUUCCCCAUUCAAAUCCCACACUAAACACCAAAUGGUAGUCCACAAACUAUUCUCCUUCAUAUGCCACUACGUCACCCCGCGACAGCCCGCGAGGAUCAAGGAACCGGCGCCGCCGUACGCCGCGGUCAGACUUGACGACAUGGCAGCGGGCCCAUUGACUUCUCCCGUCGGGUCAAGCUCAGGCGGGCCAUUCAGAGGCGAGGUUUGCUGCGUGUGCUUGUCUAGAUUGAAGGGGCCCGGGGCCGGGGCCGAAGACGAGGAUGUGGACGCGGGCGUGAGGGUGCUCCCCUGCAUGCACGAGUUCCACAAGGCUUGCAUCGAUAGGUGGUUCGACGCCUGCCGGAGGACCUGCCCGAUAUGCCGGUUUUCUAUGGAAGGAGGAGGAGGAGGAGACGGAGGGUGCUGGCGGGGAGGGGAGGAGCUAACCGAAGAGAUGGUGAUCUGGUUUUCCUCUUUCCACGCAGCUGGGUUCUGAAACACAUUCUCUCUCGGAUUCAAAAUGUGUGCAUAUGUUCUACAUUAUUGCUCAGCUCAUCCGGGCUCACAAAAGUUUUUGUCUUUCUCUUUUUUUUUGUUCUCCUGCGGGGCAUUAACACGAUCCUGCCUUUGUGUUACGAUUUAAGAUUAGCUUUUCCCCUUCAUCGCACUCAAUAAAUUUUAUCGGUGAAUGGCUCGACCAGGACUAUAAUGCGAAAAAAAAAAUAGAGUUAAUACUUCGUGAUCGUUCGUUGCUUCGACUGUAAGGAGAACGAAUUCGUCAAGAACAACGAAAAUGACGG